AUUCCAUUCUCCUAGGACUAGAGUGUACAGCUGUCCUUGAACUCCUAAGGAAUUCAUGCUUUUCUUUCAAUUCUGUCCUUAAACUUUCUCACGCUCAAAAAGAAAAAAAAAAAAAAAGAGCAAGUAGAUAUGUAUGACAGCCUUGGAACCAGAAGAAUCUCCACUGAAGGCUGUUUAGGAUUUAAAGAAAAUUCUGUAAUUUCAUCUUUUUAGAGCAGAGCUAUUUCUGCAAGGGUCAUCAAUAUCUGGGGAUUUUAAAUCUGAGCUUAAACCUAUUGAAGUUCAAGAGGAGUUCAGUAGACAGGGAUUCUCACCCACUGAACAAGGACACCAGGCACAGAGAUCCAAACUAUUAUAUCAAAUCCAAUCCCUAUAAUGGAAGAAGCCAAAAGCCAAAGUUUGGAGGAAGACUUUGAAGGACAGGCCACACAUACAGGACCCAAAGGAGUAAUAAAUGAUUGGAGAAAGUUUAAAUUAGAGAGUCAAGACAGUGAUUCAAUUCCACCUAGCAAGAAGGAGAUUCUCAGGCAAAUGUCUUCUCCUCAGAGUAGGAAUGGCAAAGAUUCAAAGGAACGAGUCAGCAGAAAGAUGAGCAUUCAAGAAUAUGAACUAAUCCAUAAAGAGAAAGAGGAUGAAAACUGCCUUCGUAAAUACCGUAGACAGUGUAUGCAGGAUAUGCACCAGAAGCUGAGUUUUGGGCCUAGGUAUGGGUUUGUGUAUGAGCUGGAAACUGGAGAGCAAUUCCUAGAAACAAUUGAAAAGGAACUGAAGAUCACCACAAUCGUUGUUCACAUUUAUGAAGAUGGUAUUAAGGGUUGUGAUGCUCUAAACAGUAGUUUAACAUGCCUUGCAGCAGAAUACCCUAUAGUUAAGUUUUGUAAAAUAAAAGCUUCGAAUACAGGUGCUGGGGACCGCUUUUCCUUAGAUGUACUUCCUACACUGCUCAUCUAUAAAGGUGGGGAACUCAUAAGCAAUUUUAUUAGUGUUGCUGAACAGUUUGCUGAAGAAUUUUUUGCUGGGGAUGUGGAGUCUUUCCUAAAUGAAUAUGGGUUACUACCUGAAAGAGAGGUACAUGCCCUAGAGCAUACCAAAAUAGAAGAAGAAGAUGUCGAAUAAAGAUUCACUAUGUCAAUAUCUCAUGUUUAUCCUUUAGGCAUUGGAUGAUGGUUUUGGUAGUAUCUAUACUGCUUUAGUGAACACAGAGUAUGGGCAUUGCUAUGCUAAUUUGACAAAAAUGAUUGAUGCAACAAUCGAGUUAUCAGCAUUUCUUAGUAUUAGUUACUCAAAUUGAUACAAUGCUUGACUACAAAACAGAGCUGUCUUCAGCAACAUUAUUAGUAGACAAAGAGCAUAUGGAUAAUAUUAUGACAUUUUUCAAAAAUUCCUUUCAAGUUAUGUUUUGUCUUUUUUACUCCAUUUUCCCUCCUCACUGUUAUUAUUAUUUGGGCUUUUCAAAUUACAUUAUUCAUUAUAAUUUUCUUUGUGUAAUAAAAAUGAAAUCUCAUGAGGAAAUAAAUUUUCUAUUUGAAGUCUAUUCUUUCUCAAGCAUUACAUUACCAAGACCCUAAAAACAUUAUAAAGCCCAAAACACAAAAUAUCAUUCAGUAAAAUAUCUUAUAUUCCAACCAAAUUAAUGCAUAAGAAAUUUAGAAACACUGUGCCAAGUUAAAGUUGUAUUUAAAAAAGGAAACAAUAUCUUUUUAUUCUCUGGGUGGAAGAAUAAUAUUUAGUGGUAAUAAAAUUACAAUAUUCAUUUGUAGAUUGCCUAUUAUGGGCCAGUAUUUUAUACAUAUCAUCUCUAAUUCUUAACCACAAAUCUGUACAUAGAUAGUAUUACUCCCAUUUUAUAAAUAGUAAAACAGAGAAUCAGAGAAAUGAAGUGUAAGUUCUACUUUUAUUUCCCUUGAAAACAUUUGGAAGUCUCUCCGCCAACACAAAAAUGUGGAAGUGAAAAAUAAAAUAUGUUUAAAAUGUCUUUAAAUGAACAAUGAGAUGAAGAGCAAGAUAAAAGAAAUUCCUAUGUUUCUGAAUCACAGUAGAGAAAUAAUGGUGCUUACAUAAUAUGGCCUGCAAUUAAAGAUAUGGUACUUGAUAAGUACCCAAAAAGGGGCUCCCUGUGAGAAAUCUGUUUAAAGCAGGUUUGCACAAUUUCCUGUGGCAGCUCAAUGUUGAAAUCAGACAUUUGCCACAAAGUCUACUUUUCACUCUCCUAAAUGACUAUUGUUAUAGCUUCUCUCCUUUCCAUAAGCCUUUUAUAUCACUUUCCUCCAUUUCAAACAUUUCAUCUUACUCAUACUUCAUUGAGAAAAUAGAAGAUAUCAGAUGAGACCUACUUCAUCUUUCCAUCACCAGAUCUAAACUGGACAGCUGAAGUAAACACUGUUUCUGCUGAUGUCAUGAUGGAAAAAGUGUCCAUUCUAUCUAAUGCUAACUGAUCAAACUGUGCUGUGAAUCCUACUCUUUUUAUCCACGUAGUAAUUAUUUCUCCUGCAAUUAUGACCCCCCUCUCUGCAUCAUCUCUUUCUUCCUUCUCUAUGUUGUAUUAUUUAUAUUGGCUUACAUGUGAAUUUUUAAAUUUGCACACUGUUUAAAAUACGCCCACCUAUAACUUAAAUUUUCCAGCUAUCACUCACUUCUCUGCUUUCCUUUACAAUUGUGUCUCUCAAAAGAGGUAUCUAAAGUCACCAUCUUUAUUCCUCACUUCCAAUUUUUUUUCAUCUCACUCCAAGCAGGCCUUUGUUCCAAGUACUUAGAGUCAAACUUAAUAGCCAAUUCUCAUUCCUUAUUUUUUUCUCCCUCUUAAAAACAUGUGUCAUAGUUGACUAUUUUCUACACCACAACCCACCGUGUUUUUUUUUUUUCUUUUUCUUUUUCUUUUUUUUUUUGAGAUGGAGUCUCACUCUGUAGCCCAGGCUGGAGUGCAAUGGUGCAGUCUUGGCUCACUGCAACCUCCGCCUCCCAGGUUUGAGUGAUUUGCCUGGGAGUAGCUGGGACUGCUGGCAUGCGCUACCACCCCUGGCUAAUUUUUGCAUUUUUAGUAGAGACGGGGUUUCACCAUGUUGGCCAGGGUGGUUUCGAACCCCUGACCUCAAGUGAUCCACCUGUCUCAGCCUCCCAAAGUGCUGGGAUUACAGAUGUGAGCCACCGCGCCUGGCCUCUUACCCUUUUUAAGUAACUUCUUUGGCUGAUUUGAAAACUUACUGCUUAUUUGCCUUCUAUUCCACUGACUAUUCCUUCCAAGUUUCCUUUGCUAAUUUAUUGUCUAAACACCCCAGGUAACGUCCUCCAGUUCAUAAUCUUAACUACCAUUUAUAUUAAGGCCACUCUCAAAUUCACAUCUCCAGUUUUAUCUCUGUCCUAGACUCUAAAAUCCUAUGUCUCAAUUGCAGGAAGGGAAGAAAGGAGGAAGCAAAUGGGGUGGCGGUGGAGGGGAAGAAGGUCUGCGAUUGUGCUAGAUUUUUGUGAAACAAAAGUGGGUGAGAUAGAAUUCCUGACUGUGACUGUUCCCUAACAUAUGGUCACUUCAAUAGGUACUGAGUGUUUUUGCUCAUGAAUCUAAAAUUCCAUCCUCUAUUCUUCUUUAUCAAUUGGGAAAGUAAUUUUAAUUGCCCCAUGGACUAUUUCUAACUUGAUGAACAACAGGCAUAUCACAUGGAGAAAAAGUGCUAGAAAGGAGACAUUCAGGGUAAUUAUAUAUAAAAUAAGUAGCUUUAAAGUAAUAGUUCAACAUGUUUUCUCCUAUCAAGUAAUUGCUAACAAAUUUAUUAAUCCCAUACAGAGUUCUUUGCUAAGGAAUUACUGGACCUAAAAAACUGUAGCAAAAAACAGGAUCCUUGCAUAAUAUAUUUAUAAUUCAAAAACUCCUCAGUGGAACAACUCUUUAUAAACUGACAUUAAUUCCAUGGACUGAAAGUAAAUACUUAGAAGAAUGGUAGCAAGGCAGUAACGAAGAAUAGUCAAAUAAGCAUCUUAAAAGAGAGCAAUAUUUUAAGAAUAAAAUAUAAGUUCUUUUUAAUCAUUAACCAUUGUUAACUGCGAUGUAAUGCAGUUUUGUCAGCCAGGCACAGUAAAGCAAGGCUGAACAGUGAAAGACUCAUCUACAGAAAACAAGAUCAAAAUGAGUAAAAAUGAGUAAUUUGAAAGAUUCCUACUUAAAGAAACCUUUACUCUUGAAAGAAAUAACCUACCAUGCCUUAAUUUAAAAUAGAGAACUAGCAAGCUUAAGCAGGACUAGGCUCAGGAAUGUAUUUAACCCAUAAUUGCCAAAACAAAAGUAACUAGGUGGCACCUGUUUAGAGAGUAAAUGAUGAUAGCAACCAUUCUCAAAGUAAGCAUUCGAUGACUAAUGGAUGCCAAGGUGAAGCUUUAAUCACAACACUCAUCAGGAAGAGUUGAACAAAAAGCAGGAUUUGCCUAGAAUAUUUGAAGCCUGCUGCUGCAGAAAUACUGCAUUACAAACUCCCCUCGUGUAAACACUUAAUCUGCAAUUCUUUUGGCAGGAGGAGGAGGAGAAGAAGAGAUCAUUUUUGUCUCAGCAAAAGAAUGAUGUUUUAAAUGUAAAGGCUUAAAAUGUCAUAACAUCUCAUAACAAAUCACCCAAAUAAUAACUGGAAUGGACUUGAAGGAAAAGCCAAGAGUGUUAGCUGUAAACUAAUAGGAAACUUUGGAGGAAAUAGCAAAAUUAUCCUGUAAAGUCAGAAGCUCAUUCAUUUAUUUGUUCACAACAUACUUAUUGAUAAGAUGCCAUUUACCAGCCAGUGUCCUUGAUCUCAGGGAUCUUAAGGUAAAGAAAACAAACAUCAAACAAGCAAUCAAAGAUAAAUGCAUCGGCAUUUGUAUCCAUGUGUCUAUACUGUAAUGGUGGUUAGUAUCUUGAACACCAGAUCUCCUAAGUUUUAAUUCAUUCACUGAUUUUGUGACUUUGGGCAAAUUAGUUAACCUCUCUACUGUUUCCUCAUCUGUAAAAUAAGAAAAAUAAUAGCACAUGUUCAUUGGAUUGUUGUGAGGGGAAAAAUGAGUAAAUUAUGUAAACUAGAGCAGUACCUGACACUGAUAUUACUCAAAUGUUAGUUUUCAUUAUUAUUAAUAGAUAUACAUGAAGUAAAAUGGUGCAUACAGUACACAGAUAUAUGAUUUUAAGGAUCUGCUUAUGUAAAUAAAAGUUAAUUUAUUAAGAAGUUGGGAUUCAAUUAAUCUAUGCUAAACACACCACUCACAUUUCUCUAUAUUAGAAACUUAUUCAUACUUUCAUGUAUGUGAAUAGGAAGAGAGAAGUCCCAAAAAACUGCCAUUUCAGAAUGACUGUAGAUACCACAAUAAGCAAAUUAAAUUAAAUCUGAAAACAAAAUAAAGUUUAGCACAUAAAUAAGAAAUUCAUUUUGAAGUUUUAUACUGAAUGUAUUAUAGAAUAAAAUUAAUCGUAUACUUAUCUAUUCAAAUAUAUCUAAUACAUUAUCUCAUGACACAAAUUUUAUAUAUUUUUGUUCCCUUUCAAACAUUCUACAAAUGUCUGAGUGUGUAAUACAUACAAGAAAUUAUGUUAAAUAAUAGAAGAGAUGACGAAAAUGUAUAAUAUAAUUGUUCUUUCUUUUCAACGGAUUUACAGUCUAAGAGGGGAGCAC